AUGGCCGCGCUUACGCUGGGCCGUGAGGUCCAGGUCCGCGCACGGAUCAAAUCCAUAUACAACAAGCGGCAGAUGGACUUCAACGAGCUGCGCGAGUACAACGAUUACCUCGAGCAGGUGGAGGACAUCAUCUUCAACCUAUGCGAGGGCAUCGAUGUCAAGGCGACGGAGGCCAAGGUGGAUGCCUACAGGAAGGAGAACGCGGGCGAGAUCGCGAGGCUGAACAAACGGAACGAAGAGGAAGACAGGCGGAUCGCGGAGGCGAAGGGGAGCGAGUGGGCGCCACGGAGGAUGUCGCUGGACGGCUCGGACGUGGGCGACACGCCAGGUCCCACGGGCGGCGCCGGAGGGUUCGGUGGCAUGUUCGGUCACACGCCGGGCACGGGCGGCGGCGGCGGCGGCGGGCCGCCCAGGCCGGUGAUGGCGGUGCCCAAGCCCACGGCCAUGCCGCAGAGCGGGGGCAAGGCGGCUCACGGCGCGUGGGACCACGGCCUGGAUCAGUCGGCGGAGGGACGGGCGAAACGGGAGGCGGCGAUCGCAAAGGCGUGUGGGGUGGACAUGCACGCCCUGGGGAUGGCGAGGGCGAGGCAGGAGGCUCUCCAGAGCAUCUUCUGCUGA